CCUUUCUACUACACAUUUUCUCAGGGAAUAAGGAUUAGAUGUGUAAAUGGGGUGGAUCAGGGCCACAUCAAUGCCAGCUGGUAACACCCUCCACAGACAGGGGGGCUCUGCUCAGGUGACCGUUGCCCACAGCAAGACUACUCUCAGGCUUGGUGAUAGGAAUCAGUGAGUCUGAACAGGUUAGGUGAGAGAAGCUGACUUUCACAUCUGCUAGAUCCUGCGGGGAGAGCGUAUGUGUACCUUUAACUAAGGUGGUGUUUUUACUACUCUCUUCAGCUCAGACUGGGCACCAGUUCAUUCCACUUACCUACUGGGAGCAGCAGAAACCCACUUAUAGACAUCGAAGCUCAUGCAGGCCUUCAUCUCCCUUCAUCUCUUCUCUAGCCUAACCCUUCACUAACAUUUAUUUCUGCCAUGGCAAACUUGCAUGUUUAUCACUUAGUAACUAAAAUAAACAGCAUUGAUGAAGAUUUCCUCAUUCCAGAAUGAAAGCACAAUUCUCUUAGGACUCUAGGACAAGCAGAGCAGGAAUCCUGAAACCUUUGUUUGAACUCUAGUGACCACAUAUUGAAAGCUUAGGAGAGCUGGAAUUGGCUGUCUCAGCCCAUAGGAAGCAAGGGGAGGCUGGGAAAGUAAGGAUUUUACUGCCAAGACCAUAAUGUCUAACAUGGUGCCCAGGUUCCACCAGGGCCAAGAUAAACAUGGCUCAUGCAGCUAGGGCCCAAUGCUGCUAACUUUGAACCACACAAAAACUGUUUGUCUUUAGCGCUCAACUGUGGGGAACAUAAUAAAUGCUGGCUGAGGGAUGCUUCUGUUCUGGAAAAUCCAGGUAUCUUAAAUACCUUUCCCUACAAGUUGGAAAAAAUAAAAAUAAAAGAAGCAAUGUUUUGGGCAUCCAAGACACUCUAUGACACUUUUAUGGCUCCAAGAUACUCGAGACACUUAACUUUUAUUAACUUUCAUUUACAACCUUACAAUAAUGGGCCAGGCAUGAUGACAUACGCCUUUAAUCUCAGAAUUUGGAAGGCAGGCAGAUCUGAGGUCAGCCUGGUCUACAUAGCGAGUCCCUGUUUGGACUACCUGCUGCAAUGUUGGUCGGUUGGUCAACCGCAAGAAAACAUCACUCCACACAAUGAGCAGGAUUAGAAAGCAAAUUCGCAAAGCCUUCAGUUUUAAAAAAGACAACUCGAUUCUGCCUAAAAUGGUCAAGAUCGCUCGCACUAGGUGGUCACACUCGAGUUCUUUUUUUUUUUUUUCCCGAGACAGGGUUUCUCUGUAGCUAUGGGGCCUGUCCUGGAACUCGCUCUGUAGACCAGGCUGGCCUCGAACUCAGAGACCCUCCUGCUUCUGCCUCCUGAGUGCUGGGAUUAAAAGCGUUCACCACCACCGCCAGGCCACACUCGAGUUCUGCGCUGUGUGGGUCGCGGCAGGGCCGAGGCUGGGUUGCAGAGCACACACCUGGAAUGCACGGUUUCCCUGGUGGAGCCCACGCGCGGACUACAAACCCGGCUUGAGCCACGAAACACCUAACCACCGGGUACAGAGGUAAGGCCUGAUACGCACGCGCGCCAGGGCCCUUCGGGUACUAUCUCACCACACCAUCCGCUUCCGCGCCCGGCGCCAAAUAAGUCUCCAAGCCCGCCCGGCCCGUGCGUGCGCGGCCUUGGUGUCUGCGUCACUAGGAAGCGCGCGCCCGCGCUGCCGCCGCCGCCGCCGCCGCCGCCGAAUCCCCAACAAGGAGCGAAGCCUGCGGCCGCCACCGCCACCACCCGCCGCCGCACCCGUCACAGCCGGGCGCCAGAGCAGGCCGGUGUGGGCCCAGGAUUUGAGACCCUGGAGGAGCAACACUGCUGACUCAGGCAUCUUCUUCCACUAAGCAUGGCGACCCCAGAUGUGAGCGUUCACAUGGAGGAGGUGGUGGUUGUGACAACUCCAGACACUGCAGUUGACGGCAGUGGUGUGGAGGAAGUGAAGACAGUGCUUGUAACAACAAAUCUAGCCCCUCAUGGGGGUGACUUGACAGAAGAUAACAUGGAAACAGAAAAUGCAGCUGCUGCAGCUGCUGCAGCCUUCACAGCCUCUUCACAGCUCAAGGAAGCAGUGUUAGUGAAGAUGGCUGAAGAGGGGGAGAACUUAGAGGCUGAAAUUGUGUACCCCAUCACUUGCGGAGACAGCAGAGCUAACCUCAUUUGGAGGAAGUUUGUGUGCCCUGGCAUCAAUGUGAAAUGUGUUCAGUACGAUGAGCAUGUGAUCAGCCCAAAGGAGUUUGUGCACCUGGCAGGGAAAUCUACCUUGAAGGAUUGGAAGAGAGCCAUCCGGAUGAACGGCAUCAUGCUCAGGAAGAUCAUGGACUCUGGAGAGCUUGACUUCUACCAGCAUGACAAGGUCUGCUCUAAUACCUGUCGCAGCACAAAGAUUGACCUCUCCGGGGCCCGUGUGUCCCUGAGCAGCCCGACAUCCACAGAGUACAUCCCACUCACACCAGCUGCAGCUGAUGUGAAUGGCUCACCUGCUACCAUUACCAUAGAGACCUGUGAGGACCCUGGUGACUGGACCACAGCCAUUGGAGAUGACACAUUUGCAUUCUGGCGGGGACUGAAGGAUGCAGGCUUACUUGAUGAAGUUAUACAGGAAUUCCAACAGGAGCUGGAGGAAACCAUGAAAGGCCUGCAGCAGCGAGUACAGGACCCACCCCUGCAACUCCGAGAUGCUGUCCUCCUUAACAACAUUGUGCAAAACUUUGGCAUGCUGGAUCUGGUGAAGAAGGUGCUGGCCAGCCAUAAGUGCCAGAUGGACCGCUCUCGGGAACAGUAUGCCCGGGACCUGGCAGCCCUGGAACAGCAGUGCGAUGAGCACCGUCGCCGUGCCAAGGAACUGAAGCACAAGUCCCAGCACCUCAGCAAUGUGCUCAUGACGCUGACGCCAGUCUCCCUGCCAUCCCCUAUGAAGCGGCCCCGCCUUGCACGAGCUACAUCUGGACCAGCUGCUAUGGCUUCCCAGGUGCUUACACAGUCUGCACAGAUUGCUCUUGGUCCAGGAAUGCCUGUGUCCCAGCUGACCAGUAUGCCACUUAGCAAAGUGGUAUCUACACUGCCCUCCACUGUCCUGGGUAAGGGUUCUCCUCAAGCUGCCCCAGCCAGUUCACCAGCCUCCCCACUGCUUGGGGGCUACACAGUCCUGGCCUCCUCUGGCUCGACCUUCCCCAGCACGGUAGAGAUCCAUCCGGACACAUCCAGCCUCACAGUUCUGAGCACAGCUGCCAUGCAGGAUGGCAGUACAGUACUCAAGGUGGUCAGCCCACUGCAGCUGCUCACUCUGCCUGGCCUGGGACCCACCCUGCAGAAUGUGGCCCAGGCCUCACCUGCAGGCAGCACCAUCAUGACAGUGCCCACAGCAGCUGCUACUGGACCUGAGGAACACACAGCCACUAUUGAGGUGGCUGCUGUAGCGGAUGACCAUGAGCAGAAGUAGCUGGCAGGGAGGGUAAGAUCCUUCCAAGUUGGGCUGGCUACCUCUCCUCAGGCCACUGCAGGCAGAGGCCACUACAGACACAGGCCACAGGGCUGGCUCAGCACAGGCAGGUCUGAUGGGCUGAACCAAAGAGAGGAUUGCCGGAUGAAUCAAGAGAAGAAAAGGGGGCGGAAUGAUGCCAGCAACCUGGAAAAUCAGUCUUCAGCUUCUAAACUUCCUCCCUUUUUUUCGUGGGAAAUACUGUUUUCCAUCUGUUGCUUAUUAAUCCUGUUUACACUUUGGGCCUUGAGCAGGAACCAGGGGGUCAGUGACCAGGAGGAGGCCUGGGUGCUUCUGGUUCAGCUGCAGAGCCAGCUCCAGAGCCCAGCUGAUCACAGGUCUGGGUGCCUGCACCCCAAUGGGGCUGAGCCUGCUGGGCCAUUAUUGACACAGGUCUUGGGCAGCAUGCCCGAGUGUGGAAGCCAUAGAUCCUAUGGAUUUGGUCUCUUCCCACAGUUCUCUGUAGGUUCAGUAUGGCCAGUGUCCUUGUUCCUUCACUGUGGGAACAUGCUCUGGGGCUUAGUGCAGACCCGAGUCAGGCCCCCUUCCUACCCCACAGGCACUCAGGUGGUGAAGGGGUCUCAUGGACCUGGUAUGUUCUAGACCCCUUUGCACAUGGGCUGUGUUUUUAAGUGAAUUGCUUAGUAGGCUUCUAGGAAAAAAGUAAAUUUAUAGUGUUUUCAACCAAAACAAUGCUGAGUGCCUAGGCUCCCGAGUCAGUUCUGGGAGGUACCCAGAGCACCUGUCCACACACCUAGCCGCUGCUAGAGGUCUUAGGUAGUGUCUGUCCCUGAGACAAAGCUCUGGAGGAUCUGUAUGGAGGUAUGCCUGAGACUUGGGGUAGUUCAGAUAACUCCCUAUGUGCAGCCUGCACUUACAGCCCCCUAUAGUAGCACCCCUAAAUUUUCCCUGGAGGUAGAGCAGGACCUCUCUGGUCAAUACUCAGUGUCUCUAUCCUGAGAGCUCCUGGGUGUGUGAGAAGGCUGUUUAGAAUUGGAGGGUGGGUCAGCUGGGAGAUAGGAUCCAGAAUGUUCCAUGGAAGGCUGUCUGCAGGCAGUUUUUACAGGUGUGGUUGGUUCCAUGCAAAGGGCUAUCCUUUAGGUCAGAGUCCUUGGAGCCAAACAAUUCAGGGAACAGAGUUUUGGCCUCUUGGUAAGGUAUGUCCUGGGAUAGCCCUAAGGUGCCUCUUGAACCUCCUGUUCCGUCAACUGAAGGCUUUCCUUUCAAAGGCCCCACAGCAGGGAGGGACCACUGUCCAGCCACCCAUCCCUCUUGAGUGCCCAGAUCCUUUUACACCUUUGCUGUUACUGGGGCCUUGCCUGCCCCUGCUCUCACCCCAUGUCAAGCUACUGAGGUUCUAGCUCUUGUUUUCCUUCAGUUACAUCAUUGUUCACUUGGUCAUGAAUCGGCUGGUUUUGGCAGAUGUUUACCUGUUUAUGUAUAUAUCCCUUUUUAAAAACUUUUUUUCCCUCGAGUUACAAGUCCUGUUAAAUGCAGCAGUGUGAUUCUAGGGGUAUUGGAAGGACCAGUAGGAUGGGUACUGUCCAGAAGUCUCUGCUCUACAAGCUCAGACUAGAUUAGUGUCACAAAUAAAACCUUCUGCCCUGGGAACCAAGAGCCUUUCCUUGGCACAAGUCCCAGGUGCCACCUUCUUUUUGGGAUGUGGGUCAGUUUUCUUUCUUCGUAAGAGCAAGAGCAAACCCUUUUCAGCCCUUGACCUUUGGCACAUGGAGGUACUGGAAGGUGAAAUUCGUUUUAGAGCCAUACAAAAAUAAUCCUCAAAUCAGCUUCAGAAUUAGUUCACACAACCCAUUCCCAGUGUCCCCAGAGGCUGUCCAUAGCCCACCCUCCAAGACUGUUCCCGGCAGGCCAGGGAGGGUUCUGCAGGGCAGAGAAGGGCCAGUAGUCCCAUCGGCAUGGAGCUUACAAUUCUGGGGGAGGAAGUGACCAUUGCCCACCACCUGUUUGCUCUUGCCUCUUAUGGUUCCUACUGACUCCUCUAUUGCUGCGUUCCCCGCCCAUUGGGCCAUCCAGGAUCCAGGAAGGAAGGUCUUCCCCUCCACAUGCAAACAUGGGUGCUUGUGGCUGCUUUCAGUUUGGUUUUCUGAGGAAAUAGGAAGGAUUUGGUUUGCAGAGGGUGCAGCUCCUUCCUAUGCCUGCCCAGGAGGCAUGCAGGGAAGGGCACGUUUGAGUUCCUUGAGUUCUACUUUGUAUGUUGUUAAGCAAGUAUCUGCUUGGUACUUUGAUUUAAAAUAAAAACA